UCGAUCAUAGUUGGCGAAGAAAUUGCACAAAGCUUAAUGGGGGAUCGCCCAGGACUCGUUCAACGUCUCCAAGAGUUCUAGGAAUGCCGGCAUUGACGAUGAAGGAUUAUAUGAUUCUCCAUACUUUUCCUCCCUUGAUGCAGACAGAUCUUGUUGAAUGAGAGGCAGGUCCCCUAGGUCUUUCGUUCGUCGUCACUCUCAUUUGAAGGGCGUGGCUAUGGGCUGGUCUCUUGCGCACAGUUUACGAACACUAAGAACAUUGAGGAAUCUUCCUGCAGGUCCCGAUACUGGUGUGAGUGCACUAGCUGGAGCUCAUGGUCAAUGAACUCGAUGUUACCUCUUUCUCUCCGCGCCGGCCGCGGCUUUUCCUGAUUCGUGAGGGAAUCUAUGUAUACUUCAUUCUUCUAAUCACCUUUCCCUUCCAGUCCCGGUAGCAUUAUUUCUUCUUCGCCUCAACGACUAAUCCCGGUGAACGGUAAUUACGUCGUUCUGUAUUUAUGGAACCACCGACAUGUCAAAUGGUUGGUAUCAGUUAGCGCUAGCAUCUAUAUGCCCGGACAUCCCUGGCUUUGUUCGUCCUCGCAUGGGCCUUCAAUCGAUUACGCAAACUAGGCUCAAGACAGCAGGGUAUCCCUCCCGGACCCCCUACUCUACCACUCUUUGGGAACCUUCUCACCUUUCCGAAGACAUGUUCACUGAGUGGGCGAAGACAUAUGGCGAUAUUUAUUCGCUUAAAAUGGCUUCUGGUACUGCAGUUGUCAUUUCGAGUCCCAAACUUCUCCGAGAAUGUAUGGAUGUGAAUGGCGGAAUAACCUCUGAUCGCCCCGAUAUCCACGCAGCUAAACUUCUCUGGGACGAUAAGGAGCUUGUCCUUACUCGAUAUGGUCCGAUGUGGAAGAACAUGCGUCGCGCAGCACAUGAUAUCUUGUCGCGAGAUGCUUGCAUGAAGCAUUUGCCGAUCCAACAUGCCGAGGCUGUGAAGCUUAUGUACGAUUUCUUGGAGCGACCGAAGCAAUUCUACACCCACGUCUACCGCUAUGCCGCUUCAGUCGUCUAUUCGGUGGUCUGGGGGAUACAUUGUCCGGAGUUCAACGACAGCUUCAUCCAAGAUUAUGUUGCUACCAUCGGCAUAGCGGAUGAGAUAAUGAGACCUGGCGGCAUUCCGCCGGUCGACAUUUUCCCAGUCUUGAAGUAUAUUCCAGAGCGUUGGGCUCCAUGGAAAACACUUUGCAAACAGGCGCAUACUAUGCAACGCAAGCCCUACCUUGACUUGCUUGGAAUUUGUAUCGACCGUGUCAAACGUGGAAAGCGAACUGACUGCUUCAUAGAAUACCUUUUGGAUCAUCAAGAUCAGUACAGCUUGGAUGAUGAACUGACAGCGUACCUUGGGGGCUCUCUCAUCCAAGCAGGAUCAUACACAACUGCUGUGUAUUUGCGCUUCUUCGUGGCGUGUAUCGCAGCUUAUCCCGAUGUUCUCAGACGGGCUCAAGCAGAGAUCGACGGCGUAGUCGGGACGGAUAGGAUGCCGGGACUUGACGAUCUGGAGAACCUGCCGUACUUGAGAGCAGUCAUCAAUGAGGUUCACCGGUUCCGACCGAUCAUGCCUACUGCUGUUCCUCACGCCUCUACCGUUGACGUCCGGGUUGGUGAAUAUCUUAUUCCCAAAGGAUCCAUGAUCUUUAUGAAUACAUGGGGUAUCAAUCACAACGAAGAAUACUUCGAUAACCCAGAUUCAUUUGACCCUGAAAGAUACUUGCGCUCGCAGUUUGGCACAAAGUCCGGCAUCGAUACGACAGGAUUUCGCAACGAUUUCGUUUUCGGAGCAGGACGACGGAUUUGUCCCGGCUCGUUGCUCGCGUCUAAUUCAAUCGCCCUCAAUGCCAUGUACAUGGUCUGGGCAUUCGACUUCACUCCAACAAAAAAUCCUGAUAGCGGAGACCUGAACCCUAUUAGCUUAACACCCAUGACCGAUGGUAUCGUGUUGGUGCCGCAGCCAUUCGAAUGCGAGAUACACCCUCGAAGUACAGCCAAGGCAGAGUUAAUACGCAAAGAGUAUGCCGCUGCCAAGGACAUGUUCGACAUCUUCGAAUACCGUACUUCAGUUGAUCAUUGAUGCAAUGUUACCCUCAGUCUCAGAGAACCAUCCAUUUUGCGAUUUCGUAU